AGCCAGUCGGUUCCUAGGAGCAGACCACAGAGUCCACUCUGCCUGAAAACAAGCCAGUCGUAGUGGAUGUGUCUCCUUCCCGUCACAUUCCUGUUUAACCACCAUGUCCAAAGCCACUUUUCAGACAGAAUGGGAGGAAAUCGAAAAGGAAUAUCAACAAUUACAGGAAACCCAUAAAAUAUACAGACACAAACUAGAAGAGCUCACCAAUCUUCAGGUGACGUGCAGCAGCUCCAUCAGCAAACAAAGAAAAUGCCUGAAAGACCUGAGGCAUAGUUUGAAAAAGUGUGCGCCGACAUGUGAUGAAAAUCAGCUGAAACUAAUUACAGAAAUCAAAUCGCAGAUCAAAGAGAAAGAGAAUGUUUUCUUUGAUAUGGAAGCCUAUUUGCCAAAGAAGAAUGGUCUGUACCUGAGUUUGGUUCUGGGAAAUGUGAACGUGACGCUUCUCAGUAAUCAGGCAAAAUUUGCCUACAAAGAUGAGUAUGAGAAGUUUAAGCUUUACAUGACGAUAAUCCUGAUGUUUGGAGCCAUAACCUGCCUCUUUUUUCUUAACUAUCGAGUCACAGAUGAGAUCUUCAACUUUUUGCUGGUGUGGUACUACUGCACUUUGACAAUAAGGGAAAGCAUUCUCAUCAGCAAUGGCUCCAGGAUCAAAGGCUGGUGGGUGUUGCACCAUUAUGUCUCCACUUUUCUAUCAGGUGUUAUGCUUACCUGGCCUGAGGGACAAAUGUAUCAGAUGUUUCGAAGCCAGUUCCUUGCCUUCUCCAUUUAUCAGAGCUUUGUUCAGUUCCUCCAGUAUUACUACCAGAGCGGCUGCUUAUACAGGCUGCGCGCCUUGGGAGAGAGAAACCAGCUUGACCUCACAGUGGAGGGAUUUCAGUCGUGGAUGUGGAGAGGACUCACUUUCCUUUUGCCUUUUCUGUUCUUUGGCCACUUUUGGCAGCUGUACAACUCUGUGACCCUGUUUCGUUUGGCAAGACAUGCCGACUGUAGGGAAUGGCAGGUAUUUAUGCUUGCACUGACCUUCCUAGUCCUCUUCCUGGGAAACUUUCUCACAACGUUAAAAGUCGUCCAUCAAAAAGUUCAAAAGAAGGAGAAAGACAUUUAAGUAAAGGGACUGAG